AUGAUCGCCGGCGCCGCCGUGUUUCUGUUCUCUGCCUUCCUUGGUGCCUCCUCCACUCUCUUGCUAGCCAUUCCGGAGAAUCCAGUCCACGCCAUCACCAACCAGACAGCUGUCCUGCCCGUCUCCCUGCGAUUCUCCACCCCGCCGGGGGAAUUCUUCCACCUCAAAUGGGAUUUCCUCUCAGGCCACCGCCCCGUCUUAGCCUACGUGCUGACCAAGUGCAGCGGCGGCGCCCCCGAGUGGUGGCAGCGCUCCUGCCAGCGCAGCGUGAAGGUGGCAGAGGAAUAUCAGCAGCAGGCAAACGUCUCUCUGCAGAGCGGUUCCCUGGUGAUCCAGCGUGUGCAGCCCGCGGACGCCGGGACGUACCAGAUAACAGUGCGAGGCCUGGACGUGUUUGUCACGGCAGAGGUGAACCUGACAGUGACUGAAGCAGCUGCACCAACGAACUCGGGAAGAGUGAACGGAGCCAGAUUCAGCCUGGUGCCCAACACCGUCCGCCUUGGCUUAGCCGGCCUGGUUCUCUGCGUCUUGGGGCUGAUUGUGGGAGAGGCAGUUUACAAGCCAGCCGGCUGCUCCCCGCACCACCUGGAGGAAAGCCAAGAGCCAAGAGAUGAGCUGGAGACUCUGGACUGAGCCUCCACACGCCUGGAUCUGCAGCGCUGAAAAUCCCCCAGCCGUCUAGUCUUGUGUCCUGUGGCAACGCAGGAUGCUUCUGAAGAAAGCAAAACACCCCCACCCUGCCACACCCUGGGUGCCGGUACUUGGCAAGGGCUGCACCAGAGCGCGGUGUUUGGUCACCCGCACGGCACUAGCACAGCCUGGCAGAACGACCACUGGGCCCCAUCAGAGUUUUCAUUCAGCAGCAAUGUAGCCUAGUGGCUGGAGCACUAGCCUGGCCCUGCCCUGAGGAGACCUGGGUUCCGUUCUGCCGCCAGCCUGCUGGUGACCGUAGCCAAGUCCCGGCCCUGCCCAGUGCCUCAGUUUCCCCAUUGGUUACAAUGAUGCCAACUUGCUUUGUGAAGCGCUUUGAGAUGUGCUGAUGAAGACAACCAGAUUAUUAAUUAUUAUUAUUAUUUUAGCUCUUUCCCACGAGGUCAGAUACGACCCCGGCUCUGGAGGGGCGCCCCUCUAUUGACAGAAGAACUCCGGACCAGGUUUACAAGGGCCCAGCACUCACCACUGGGGCUGGAGUUUUCAGUUCCCAAUUAGGCACUUACAUAAGUGGGCCAAGAUUUUCCAAAGGUCUCAGUGCCCAUCAUGCACCCAACGCGCUGAGCCCUUUAGAUGCUCUUGCCCUGAUGGAGGGAGCCGAGCCCUUCUGACAGUUCCAGCCCUCUGCAGGUGACAGCUGCUUAAAUGGGUCAGGUUCUACCUACUGGUGAAAGAGAACUCUUCACCUCUGCCCACUGCACAAAUAUUGUCAAUGGUGCUAAAGAUCCAGCUUAGGGUUGCCAGUUUUGGUUGGACAUGUUCCUGGAGCUUUCAUCCCCUGACGUAAUCUUUAAUUAAAG